CUGAUAGUGUUGUGCGCGUUAUAGAAAACAGUGCUUCUUUAGUUUCUUACUGAUUUUUCGAGUAUUGGUGAUUUUACUUUAAAUAUGCAGAACCCGACUUGUGAAAUAAUUCUUUAACAUUUGAUAUAUCGAAUAUACAUAAAUAAAUGUAAGAUGGCUGCUAAAGAAGAGGUUAACUACACAACAACCACUGAAACGAAGACUGAAGAAACGCCGGAUAAUUCAACGACUGAGGAAGCACCAACCAGUUUGGAAACUAUUCCUGAGGGAAACACCGUGAAAAAUGAGCUUCAAACAGCACCAAAGGACAAGACAAAAAUUGAUAUAUUACUGAAGGCUACUGCUAAUGCUCCAAUCAUGAAGCAAAAGAAAUGGUCAGUCUCCCAAGAUAAUCCCAUUGGAAAGAUCUCAGAAUUCAUCAAGAAGUACCUCAAACUGGAUCCCAAUGAGAGACUGUUUCUUUACGUCAAUCAGACGUUUGCACCCGCUCCUGAUCAGACAGUGAAGAAUUUGUAUGACUGCUAUGGCGCGGAUGGAAAAUUAGUCAUACAUUAUUGUAAGAGCCAAGCAUGGGGCUGAAAUUGUCAGAGUUGAACUUGUCAAAGUUAAUUUUUUUGCAGGAUAUGUAAACACAACACAAUGUGAUAUAAUUUUAAGUUAUAGCAAUGUAAUUAUGCAGAACCUAGUUUUUAUCUUGUCAGAUAUAUUUUCAGGAAGAAUCCUUGUUGAGAUUCGAUGUUCCGUUCAUGUUAGAAAGGUACAAGUGUCAUAAUUUUAUUUUGCAUAUUCUUACAAUAAUAAUAUCAAAAUGUUUGAUAAAUUAA